GGGGGUGCACGUGAAAAGCCCUUUCUCCCCCUUGUUCGAGAUGAACAUGCUUCUUCAUUAGGACAAAACGUGGGGAGUCUUAGUGUGGCCUAGUACAGCUUCCAGUGUUGUAGCUGAAGUUUUCGCCUGGUUUUAAUAGCUGGCUCAAUAGCUGAAGUUUUCAUCACGUCUCUCAUGCUGAGAGAUUCCAAAGCACUUAUGUGUGUUGCGCUUGCAAAAUAAAAUCAUUAUUUUAGCAGGAGUGUGGGCGGGUGGAUCUGCGGGGUAUUCACAACAGCGUGACAAGAGAAGGGAAACCAUGUCUGCCAGGCAAACUCCUGUUCUAAUAAGUUCAGUGGGCUCGUUAAUGAUCAGAGGGCAGAAGGACGUUGUAACAAUGACUCGAUGAGAAGACCGAAUUUGAUUCUGGUCAGGAGAUUGGGUUACGGCUGGCCAGGAAGAGGUUAGCAAAAUAGAGCCUGUAACUCAAUGCCCUCGCCAAGCAGCGUGAGAGAUGCCAGUGGCAGGCUGGCAGCGUAAGCGAAGCACUUGCCCUCUCUUCUUGCCAAUGCCGUGAGACUGCAGUCAUAGGAAGCUUCGCGCCGGGCGGCAGAGUUAAUUCCGGCGCUUGUUGAAUCAUUCCAUGAAGGGACAUAGCCUGCGUCUUGGGAGCUGAUGAUAGCUGCGGCCUUGAGUAAUGGUCUAAAAUUGUAGGGCUGCUCAAAUCCCAGCCAUUGGUUGUCUUUCCUCUUUGUCCUUUCAGCUUGUACCUUUUAGGUGUUCCUUUAAAGCCCUUAGAAGGAAAAAUCUCUGUUGCCUGUCCUUUCUCACAUCCUUUUCUAGUCCAAACUGCUGAGAAUUUGUUUUCAUAAACUCAGUGGUGCUUGUGUCGCUGAGCAGAGAGUUUUCUUGAGGAGCCACCACCACACUUGCAGCUGCUUUUGCAGUUGUUGGGGCUUUGGAUGCCUGCAAAAGCAGUUGGACCAACAAGAAAAGCGAGCUGUCUGUGGCAGGAGCUCUUCUUACGUAAGAGAAGAGACAGGAGCUGCCUUCUGGCAUCCUCGUUUAGAAAGGUCAUUUUCAAACCCUGCCCGGCAGGAAGGAGACCCUCUGCUGCUGCUGGUGGCUGCAGGAAGCGAAAAGCCAAGCGGGAUGGAGCAGAGGAGAGCCCAACCUUUUUUUGUGGACCAGAUGGGUGCAGGUGCCAUCAGGGACUGCAGGCUUUCUGUGCUGCUACAGAAAUCAAAGCUACCAGAGUUUUCUGUGUCAUCAGAAUUACCCAGUGCUUACCAGAAAAAGGAGCAGCUUCGUGGGAAAUAGACAGACGGUUGGAAAAGAAGCUGAAGAUCACGCAGAAGGAAAGAGCCGGGUCUUCCAGACUGGAUGUAGCUACAGCUAUGGGGAAGCCAUUUAAGAAAAAGACACUCAAAGGAAGAAAUGGUAGAAAGUCAAAAUCUCCUCCUAAAGUGCCGAUUGUGAUUCAGGACGACAGCCUUCCUGCAGGUCCUCCCCCGCAGAUCCGCAUCUUGAAGAGGCCGACGACCAACGGCGUGCUUAGCAAUCCCAACUCCGCCAGCAGGCCGGCCUUCCCCGUGAAAUCCUUGGCGCAGAGGGAGGCGGAAUACGCGGAAGCCAGGAAACGAAUAUUGGGCAGCGCAAGCCCCGAAGAAGAGCAGGAGAAACCCAUUCUAGAUAGGCCGCCGAGGAUCUCCCAGCCUGAAGACACCAGGCAGCCCAAUAAUGUGAUUAGGCAACCCCUGGGUCCCGAUGGCUCACAAGGCUUCAAACAACGCAGAUAAACGCGGGCGAGAGAUGCUGCUGCGAAAGGCAGGGUCCGCCGCCACGGGUUGCACUGCCGUGACGGACAAACGGACUUGAGCAAAGGGAACUACCUGGUUUAUUUGCACUGUGAUCCCCUUUGCUCAGCCCACUGUGACCUUCAACCCCACGCACUGUGACCUCCCCUCUCCACCCACUGUGACCGGCAAACCGAGAAGGGCUGUCCCCAAGUCACUGUAAAAGGAAAGGGGACAACGAGGCGGGGCGGGGGGGUUAUAAAGAACUCGGACGGGUGCAGGGAGUUGUGUGUGUGCCACUUGGGUUGAAGCUAGCGCCAGCAAUAAUGUUUGUUGUACUCGUAACCUGGCAUUUAAGGAAAAAAAAAAAUGGGAAGCCUCCCCAGACGCGCAUGUUGUCCUCAUCACUUUAAGAGCAAGUUCUGUUUCAAAGGAUCUCUUUUAUUUUAUUUUUUCUUGUUUGUUUUCUGUAUAUCAGAUCAACGGAGUGCAUGGGAAGGGUUUUAACUGUUUGUUUUAAUUGAGAGAGGUAGUUAAGUGUUCAAAAAGGAGUUUCAAUGAAUUUCUGCAACUUUCAUGGCUCGGGUUUGGCAAGCUCUUGCUUCUCGUUCUCUAUUUCUACCGCUGCCAAGCACGUGGAAGCGGACUCCCAGAUACCUGGCCUUUCCGAUCGCCGUGGGAGCCGUUGGAGUCCAACGACCUAGUUUACGUCUUGCACCUGUUAAAGCUUGCCUAGUAUUUUCUGCUGGCUUUGAGGAAAAGCUUAAAAUACAUCUUUUUUUUUUUCUUUCUGUACUUGGGGAGAAGGGAAUGUAGACCGAUCCCGUGAAAAUGCCCGCUGCCCGGCUGCUGUUUGUGGCAGAAAGAUGCAGGCGGUGAAGAAUUAGCGCUCCGUUGCGAGGAGCAGAAUAGCCGGUGCCGCUCUGGUCCAUGAAAUAAAUAGGCGGCGAGGAGCCCCGCUCCAUACGGCCCACACUCGUCAAGCGGCUGGUGUAACGACUGGGAGCGUAGGAUGUCCCACGGGUCCGAACCUGAGUGGCUUAACGAUGGAGUGAAGGCUCUGAUCACUCUCUUGGUCACGGUACGAGCUGUGUUUGCAUCCCAAAAUCGCAGACGUUGGGAACAAAAACGGUGUUGGAUAAAGUCUGGAUGAUUCCCCCGUCUUCCUGGCGGCAGCCAGCUCCCCGCGAGGCUUCAGGGAAGGGAUUUUCAUCCUCUGGCUCCUGGGAAGAGGACAGGGAGGCUGGUGGCCUGCAAGAACGUGGAUGUUCCCCCUCUGGACGAAGCUGACUUACCUUAAUAUCGCUUAAUACUGAGGGAUUAGAUGAACACUAAAUGCUCUUCUUGGAGGGGAUGGUACCUAGAAAACCAUUUCUGGUUCUCAGCGGAUUAUUCUGUACGGCUGCGCCCUUCCUGCCUCUUCAUGCUCAGUAGGUUCAAGGGUAAACGAGCGAAUCUUGACGUCUUCUACCUGAUGGGAAGCAACCAUACAAAAAAAAUGUAUGGAAAUACAGCUUAAAAAAGAAACAAAAAAACAAAUGGUAAAAUAAAACUACCUGUGUAUAAAAAGAAUCCGCUAGAGCGUUAAUUAGCUGAUUAAAGCACCGAGGAUGGUGGCGAGGUGGGGACGGGCAAAUGUCCCCUGGGCAUCCCCAACCACUGGCACUUUUUUUUUUGGGGGGGGGUGGGUGUGUGUCUUAUUUACCCCCCCAGCCCAGGCUGGUGGUCAGAAUGAGUCCCCGGGGGGGCGCGGGAGGGGAGAAGGACGUCAGCAAUAACCGUAGUCACCGCGCCUUUCCUUAAUUAUUACUAAAAAUAGCUUUUAAUGGCCAAAAAAACCCCCCUCAUCCAUCCAGUUCCUGGUGUAGCUGGCCAGCGUUAAAGUUGCUGUCUCCGGCACCAAAAUCUCCAACUCCGGCGCCGAAAUCUCCGUCUGUCAUCGAAAUCUCCUGGCUCCUCCAUCCCGGUGACCAGGAUACGUCCCGCCCGCGGGCAGGGCUUGGCGGCGUUCCUGUGGGAAGCCCCUUCGUCCCGGGAAGGUGGAGGAUAAACACGGUACCGCGUGUUUUCACCCCAAAAUGUGCGCCGAAAAGAAAACGUUUUAUAAAUUGUAUUUUAAAUAAAUCUCUUUAAACUUU